CCGCACCCUCUUCCAGCCUAACAUGUUGGAAGCUUUCAGCUCACAAUCGAUCCAGUCAUGCCAAAGGACCUGUUUCCUGAAAUGUGAGGGGAAAUCUGAGCUGUUUCUGCUACCGACGGAAGAACCACGACGAAGUCAGUGGUUAACAUUUCUGUUUAACACUGUUCCUUCAGAGGUUCGAACAUCGUCACUGUGUGCGCGGCAUUUCACAGACGAAAGCUUCCAAAACAUUGCCCAGGUUAAGGCCGGAUAUGCACAGCGAUUGAAACUGAAGGACGAUGCUAUUUCUAGUUUGUUUGGACGGUUUGGAGCAAGGGAAGAUUCGAGUACACAACCUAGUACAUCACAACAGGACCCCGGUACCCCCCACCGCUCCAGUACAGUCGGAUGCCAAACAGACCGUACACAGACUGUUUCUGUGGGAACUCUACAGAGGGCUGAGACACGGUCUGUGGGAACACAGACAGUGGAAUUGAAAGUGUCAGUUGCUACACAGUUGUCCUCGGGAACACUGAAGUCGGCACACGUGAGAAGCAAAGGCAUCCAGGCCACAGUGUCUUUCAAAAGUGUUGGCACUGAAACUUCAACCUACCCAGAAUUCACCUUAGCAUCUACACCAAUAAAGGGCCCAGGAUUGGGACCUAGCAAGAGACCUCGACUAGAGUUGGAGCAGGAACAAGGAGAUACUUCGAUUGAAUUUGAAGAGACUCUGGAUUCGAGUUACCACCCUGAUGAUACUGGAGAAGAAUCUGACGUAUCACUUCAGACACGAUCCACGCACAGUGACGCAAAGUACAUUGUGUUUGAAAGCUGCCUCGGACAGCUGUUUGAAAAAUGUCCGGUGUGUAAGACAGACUGUGAUGUCCAAAAACGAAAAAAUGGGACUUUUGUGGCGUUCACACAGCGUUGUCCAAACUGCACUUACUUCAGACAAUGGGACAGCCAGCCCAUCAUCGGAAGUACCCCGGUUGGCAACUUACGAUUAUCUGCUGCUACAUACUUCACUGGUGCUUCCUUCUUCAAACUAAAAAAGAUAUGCAGCUGGAGAUCUUCCAGUAUGAGACCUUCAGGAGGCAUGCUAGGCAUUAUCUGGAGCCUGCUAUUAUCCACAAGUGGAAAACUGAUCAGCUGAAGAUUUUCCAGCAACUACACCACCAGGGGGGAAAGGUCACAGUUGCAGGAGAUAUGAGAGCAGACUCUCCAGGCCACUCAGCUAAGUUUGGGAGCUACACACUAAUGCACCUGGGAAGCAACACCAUUGUGGACUUCCAGCUUGUUCAGAGCAAUGAAGUAGGUGGUAGUUACCACAUGGAAAAGGAGGGACUCAAAAGAUGCCUAGAUCAUCUGGAGUCAAACGAUUUGGCGGUUGAGUACAUUGUGACUGACCGUCAUCCACAGAUCCAGAAGUUUCUGAGGGAACGCAACAUAGAACAAUUCUAUGAUGUCUGGCACUUUGAAAAGGGUUUGUCCAAGAAACUUGUGAAACUUUCACAGAACAAGGACUGCAAGUUGUUGAAGAGGUGGCUGCACAGCAUAAAAAACCAUGUCUACUGGAGUGCGACAAGCACAACCUCGGGGCCGGAGAAGGUGGCAAGGUGGAUGUCAGUGGUCAACCACCUACAAAACAUCCACGUGCAUGACGACCCCCUAUUCCCCAAGUGUGAACAUCCUGAAAUAGCCACAACGGAUGAAAAUAAAUGGCUAAAACCUGAUUCAAUAACACUCCACAAAGUUGAGAAAAUACUCAACAACAAGAGAGUUCUCAAAGAUGUGCAAAAGCUAAGCCUACCAGACCUCAUCCCUGGAGUAGUUCCACAGCUUGAUUCUGCGUUUUGCCCCCAAAAAUGAGGUUUUUCCCUUCAUGGGAAUGUUGUGCAGGUUGUGUCUAGCAGCCAUGCAUCACAAUGAGAAUGCUGACCGUGAGCAAGCCACAACAGCUGCAGGACUACCUGUGUACAGAUUGGCCUAUCCAAAAUCAAGGAGGGGAGAAUGCACCGCAAAGCCUGUAAAGAAGGACCCUACAUACAUGUACGUGGGUGAGCUGAUGAGGCUGGUGUUUGAAUAAGUCUUUGAGGACCCAACACCCUUUGUGGAGGAGAUGAAUAAAAUCAACAUCCCAAAGGACCUGUCCACUCAAUUUGACAGGCCCUCAAAGGAGGAAGUGGUAGCCCGCCAUGUCUCACGUUUUAGUCUAGGGGCGGUCGGAAGCCCACGUACUGUCCAGCCAGAUCAGGAAACUCCUGGCGUAUCCGGCGGACCACACACGACGGGAUGACCACUCUGAUUCCUCGUCCCAAAAAGCCCCAGCACCAGCUUACGAAGCUGCGAUAGGCCAGAUGCCUAAAACGCCUAUAAGAGGAGGAAUGGAUGAUAACAUAUAUGUGCUGUCCUGUUUUUCACCCUUACCCUCUGGCUGCUUGAACAACUGAAUUUCCCCACAUGGAUUAAUAAAGGUCCAUCUUAUCUCAUACAGUGUAUAUAUACACAUGAUCAAUUUGUACAUUUAUCAAAAUAAAGUUUGAUGGAACUACUUGAUAGCCUUUCUUCCGUGAAUUAUUUGCUCCUAGAUCAUUCAUAUAUAGCAAACCAUUAUUUGAUUUUUCAUCUAAUACAGUAGUAGUUUAUUAUAGCUAAAAAUAACUUACUCUUCUUCAGUUCUACGACUCAAAGGUCCAUAAUCAAACCGAUAAAUAUUGUGGAGGUUCUGUAGGGUGUAGGGAUUGAGGCAGUUUGGUUCUAGUCCGGGGUGGUCAACCAUGCACACAAUGGGUUCUGGGACUUGGUGCAUUCGUGUUAAAACCUAUAGGAGGAUAAGAUAUUUGUAACAUAACACGUUUAGCAAUUAAAUCCAACUAUGGCGAGGUUUACAAAAUAAACAUUCAAUUACUAUAGAAUAAAUAAAAGGGCAUAUAGUCUAUUGACUUGACAAGUAUGUAUGGUGUAUAUAAUGUUGGUGUUUUUGUAUCUGUUGUGGUGACACCCUGUUUUGACCAUAAUUCACCUUUGGUAUAGUGUUGCCACACGGACUCUUUAGUGUGUGCUCUUAGGUUUAGCUUGUCAUUCCUAGCUUGUCAGACAGAGCAGACAUGUAUUUUACCUGAUUCUAAACACACCGCCCCCGACUCCCUUUCAUCGGCACUACACUGUCACCUUUCUAAUCUCCCUGCAACAGAGGUUUUCCACCUCGGUAUGCAUUACUGCGCAGUUUCCACACGUGCACCUAAAUAACAACAGUUGGAAAGUUUGGUUAGUCAGCAGACACACUUGUUACUGUGAUGUAGAUACAUGAUGAAGUUCUAACAUUACUUCUGAAAUGUAGUAGCUAUACAAAAUGAAAACGUUCCACUGUGAAACCGCCUGCUGUAUUC